GCGUGCGUGCGUGCUUUCCCGUGAUGCAGCGGGCCUGGUCGUGCUCGUACGCUGAUCUGAUCCGAGCGCAGCUGAACUCCGGUGGUGAGUUUGUAGAGCGCCGAGCGAGCAGGCAGCAGCACGGCCAGCCCCGCGCACACCGCUCCUUCUCCAUGUGAGAUAAACCGCACGUCCUGCGCUUAGACCACUCCAGAUAUGCUGUACGGGCGCCCGACGUGUCACCGCAGCGGCUUCUGAGUGACCAGCGUCCCCCGGGUUUGAUUUAGGGGGAUUCCUCCAUCCUCCGGACCGCACCGAACAGGCAAUGAGCACGGUCUCAGCAACCCCGCAGCAGAUGAGGGACCGGCUGCUGCAGGCCAUCGACAGUCAGAGCAAUAUAUGCAACAUGGUGGUAGUACUGGAGGUCAUUACCUGUCUGGAGAAGUAUCCCAUCACCAAAGAAGCACUUGAGGAAACGCGACUAGGAAAGCUCAUCAAUGAUGUAAGAAAGAAAACCAAGGAUGAAGACCUUGCCAAACGGGCAAAGAAACUCCUUAGGAACUGGCAGAAGCUGAUUGAACCAGGUGCUGCUGUAGUUCCCAGCGCUGCCCCUGGAUCCACCAAUGGCAGCUCCCACCCCUGCAGGACUGAGCCCGCCCCACCAGAUAUCCCAGUGUCGGGGAAAGUAGUCCCGGAGGUCAAGCUCCGGAAUGAUGUCCACAACACAUACUCUCCCAAAGCGGAGAAGUCGAGCCGUAAGCGGCGCACAGAGAACAGGGACAGCGGUGUGCACUUACCAGAGAAAAUCUCCAAACUGUCCCCAUAUGAAAACUCGUCCUCUCCGCUGCCUAGCAACGGCAUCAUGUCCAGCCCGGAUCACCAGGAGCAGGAUGUGGUGCCGUCGCCAGAGCGGCUGCGGCUCGAGCAUCCCGACAAUGAGAAAAUGGGCCGAAUCCCUGUAAAUGCUGUCAACCCUCUGCCCAGCUCUCCGGGAAUGGCCAAACUGCCCAGCACUUCUGCUUUGAUCAAAGCUGCGGUGCUCCAAAAGGCCCGGCUGGAUGACAGUGGAGGAGGGGGGUACCAUCAGGCCCGCAGCCCUCGGAGCGUGAAGCAGGAUGCCAAAUGCUCCGGGCCUUAUGCACUAGACUCUCCACUAUCGGUGCCCUCUCCAUCCCAGCCCCCCUUCACCGACAGACUGCCUCCUCCUCCUCAGAGGGCUUCUACACCACACUGGUCUUCAGAGAGCUCCCUACAGGACACGUCACAUUUAGAAUCACCUGUAGUGUCCCCGGCACCAGACCAACUCAGACCUACAGUAUCUGAGGACUCUGAACACUCUACGCUGGCCAACACGGGUCAUAAACGAAGGAAAUACCGCUCUAGAGACUACGCUGUUAAUUUAGAUGGUCAGAAAUUAGAGGAUACAAGUAAACCAGUACGGUUAAAAGAACGCAGACUUACAUUUGACCCUGUUACUGGGCAGAUUAAGCCUUUAGUCCAUAAAGGACAGACUCAUUCUGAGGAAACUCUAGUUUCAGAACCCCAGCAAAGAACUGAAAGCACUGCCCACCCUCCCCCCACAGCAGCCAGUACCACAGCUCCCCCCAGCCAAGGCCCAAACCCUUUUCAACAGACCAACUGGAAGGAGCUGUCAAGGAAUGAGUUCAUUCAGUCCUAUUUAAACCUGCAGAGCAACGUGCUGACAUCGUCUGGAGUGCAGGCCCCCAGUGCACACUUUUUCAUGUCUGAGUAUCUAAAAAGGGAGGAGAAAGACGAGGUGGAGCCCCGACACACUCAUGCGCUGGAGCAGAGCGGGUCUGUACAGCAGCUGCCCGGGGUGACACGGGAGCUCACACAAGAGGACAUAGACAGGAUACACACACAGCACUGGCCCGGGGUCAAUGGCUGCAGAGACUCCCAGGGCUCGUGGUACGACUGGACUCAGUGCAUCUCAUUAGACCUUCAUGGAGACGAGAGCCGGCUCCACAUCUUGCCCUAUGUCUGCUUAGACUGACCUCUGCUGUCCACUGUGAGCCCUGCGCCGCCGCAUCACCCAACUCUCCUCUUAUGUUUUGGUAAAAAAAAGAAUAUAUGAAAUUAAAAAAGUGAUAGUUGA